AUGCCAGCCGCAACAAGAAGCGCAACCAAGCAAGUGAAGCUCGAGGACGUGGGAGCGGGCGAUGCGAGUGCUUCAAAAUCUGCUGGGCAGAAACGCAAGGCCGAUAGCCAAGGCCAAAAGGUUGAAGAAAAGAAGCCAAAGAGAAGCAAAACAGCGAGCGCGGAGGAUGUCAAUGAGGAUGAUGACAUCAUCAUCAUCAAUCGCGCGCCCGUACUUGAGCUGUGGGCUGCCUGUGUAGCGCAGACAGUGUAUCCUUCGCUGGCUUGGGAGACAUGCCUAGGCCCCGAUCCUGGUGAAGCGCAGGAGAAGAAGGAGAACCGCAAGGAGACGGCAGAGAAAGAAGACAUUGAUGAGGUCGAAGUGAUGUCCUUUCGUCUCAACUUGGACAAGAACAAACAGGCUAUGGUAGGUGGAAAGCCUAAGAAGGCGAGUGAGGAGACUCUCGGCAAGAAGUAUGGCGGGUCGGAGCAGUACAAUAGAGCGAAGAGCGCCUUUGAAGAGGCGUUGGCAGCGUGGAAGGGGAGAGAGGAUGAGCUGGACAAGCAGGCCUUUGGAUUUUACGAGGACUUCAGACCUUCGAUACCGCCUGGACAGAAAGGGUGGGGUCGAAAAGGGCAGUUGAGGCUACAGACUGCGAAGGACGUAGUUAGAGGUUGA